UACAGGAAAGUACGUACACGUCACUGGGGAAGCAGAAAAUACUGGGCAAUGUUUCAUUCCCACAAUUAUUUAUUCACCCCUGUUCCCGUUUAUGACCGCGAAGCUUUCGCAGUUUUAAGUGCAACUUCCUCUCAGACCUCGACGAGAGGUGUCUGUCGUCAGUCCCACUGCUCGCAGAGGAGCGCUGACACUGUCACACAGCCACUGAACUUCCCGUCAAAACGCGGCACAGGCGAAAAGAGCUGCUGCUGCUGACAAAAAGGGGAACAACAUCGGGGUUGUCAAGAGGAGAGGACACACUCGAGUCCACAAAGCGUCUGGACAGUGAAAGGGUGCUAUUGUCCUCCAGCUGAGGACGAACAGAGACAGAUCUGGUGCUCUGCUAAUUAGCCUGCGUUGGUCCCUGUAGAAAGCGACGGUGAGCAGGGCAGCUAGCUGAAGCACAAAGCUGCUUGCGCAGAGUGUGAGUGGCCGUUGUGCUUGUUUUAGCCACAAUCUGGACAGUUAUCUGGUUAAUUAAUAUUAAUUAAACUAAUGGAAGCCUUUAGUGGAUAGUUCCCUCAUCCCUUGGAUUACCCCCCGUUGGACCCUGGCUCGGAUUCGCCACUCGGGCGCUGUCCUCGCAGGGGGGUAAGGGAUCAUCAUCGACCGGUCGAGCUAACUCAAGGCGGCGGUUCGGUCUCUCUGACCCCCGCCCUGCCUUGCCUGUUUGCCUGCCCGAACCUAGCGGAGCCAGAACAUGGCAGGGAACCUGAAGAAAGGCGGAGGAAUCAUCGGAAUGAUGAAGGAUGCCUUCCAGCCUCACCAUCACCACCUCCACCCCCAUCACCAGCCCGGGGCCGUGGACAAAAAGACAGUGGAGAAAUGCUGGAAACUGAUGGACAAGGUGGUGCGGCUUUGCCAAAACCCUAAACUGGCUCUGAAGAACAGCCCCCCUUACAUCCUGGACUUGUUGCCAGACACCUACCAGCACCUGCGUACCAUCUUGUCUCGCUACGAAGGCAAAAUGGAAACUCUGGGGGACAACGAGUACUUCCGGGUCUUCAUGGAGAACCUCACCAAGAAAACCAAGCAGACUAUCAGUUUGUUCAAGGAGGGCAAGGAACGCAUGUAUGAGGAGAAUUCCCAACCCAGGAGGAAUCUCACCAAACUGUCACUGAUCUUCAGUCACAUGCUGGCAGAGCUGAAGGCCAUCUUCCCCAACGGUCUGUUUCAGGGGGACAAUUUCCGCAUCACCAAAGCAGAUGCAGCCGAGUUCUGGAGACGCGCCUUCGGGGACAAAACCAUUGUGCCUUGGAAGGUGUUCCGACAGUCUCUUCACGAGUUUCAUCCCAUCAGCUCUGGACUAGAGGCCAUGGCCCUCAAGUCCACUAUAGACCUUACCUGCAAUGACUACAUCUCUGUGUUUGAGUUUGACAUCUUCACCAGGUUAUUCCAGCCUUGGUCAUCCCUGCUGCGGAACUGGAACAGCUUGGCAGUUACUCACCCAGGGUACAUGGCCUUCCUCACCUACGAUGAGGUCAAAGCUCGGCUACAGAAGUUCAUCCACAAGCCUGGCAGUUAUAUCUUUCGACUGAGCUGCACACGACUAGGCCAGUGGGCUAUCGGCUACGUGACAGCAGAUGGAAAUAUUCUCCAAACUAUUCCCCAUAAUAAACCCCUCUUCCAGGCUCUCAUAGAUGGAUUCAGGGAAGGAUUCUAUUUAUUCCCCGAUGGCCGGACCCAAAACCCCGAUCUAACAGGCUUGUGUGAGCCUUCACCUCAAGAUCACAUCAAAGUCACACAGGAGCAAUAUGAGCUGUACUGUGAGAUGGGCUCCACUUUCCAGCUUUGUAAGAUCUGCGCUGAGAAUGACAAGGAUGUGAAGAUUGAGCCCUGUGGUCAUCUCAUGUGCACCUCUUGUCUCACUGCCUGGCAGGAGUCAGAGGGUCAAGGAACGGGAUGUCCAUUUUGUCGCUGUGAGAUUAAAGGUACAGAGCCCAUUGUUGUAGAUCCUUUUGACCCCAAGGACAACAGUGGAGGCUCAUGUAGGGGGACUUAUGGGGCUGAGGGUGCCCCAUCUCCCAGUUAUGAUGACGAUGAUGAUGACAGACUUGAAGACCCCCACCUCAUGAUGAGCAAACUUGCUGGUACAAUGGUGGACCGCCCCCCAUCACCCAUGUCCAUGGGUCCUCAGUCCUCUCUUCCUCCAGUGCCUCCCAGACUUGAUCUGUUACCACACAGACCUCCAAACCCCCCUGGUGCCUCCAGUCCUGGGGUUACUAGUAAGGCAGCAUCUCACCACAAAGACAAGCCUCUUCCCCUCCCCCCUGCACUGCGGGACCUCCCCCCUCCCCCUCCUCCAGACAGACCCCACCUAGUCGGGACAGCCCCUGAUGGCCGGCUACAGAGAAGGCCCUUACCCUGCACUCCAGGGGAUCCCCCUCGAGAUAAGCUCCCUCCUACACCACCAAACCGUCCUUUGGCUGAAUGGAACUCCAGACCUGUUCCCAAGGCCCCCAUCUCCUCAUCCUCCUCGUCCUCCUCAUCCUCUUCAUCCACCCAAGUCUCCACUCUGGGAGGAGACAUCGGAGCUGGUGUCAGGGAACUGUCCAACAGACAUUCCCUUCCAUUGGCACUGCCCUCUGCUCUGGACACUCGCUCAGACUCCCCAAAGAACAACAGCUCCAUCAGUCUGGACCACCAGCUGAAUUUUGCUGCACUAGCUGGUCAAGAUUACGACAACCCCAAAGUGAAACCGUCGGCUUCAGCCAACUCCAUCUAUUCAAUGGCCACCAGACCGUCUCCAGUCCUGAGACCAGUGGCAGGAGAUGAGGCACAUGACAGUGAGGAUGACUCGGAGUACAUGAUCCCCUCCUCUCGUCCCAUCAUGGCACCACCAGUAGGGGAGACCCCACCAGUCCCAAGACCCCCACAGCCUCAGUCCCUGCCAGCAGUCCAGACACAAACCCAAGCUUCCACAUUAAACUCAAGGCUGACACUGGCUGAUCUGGAGGCUGGACCUCAAAUGUAUGAAGCCAUGUACAACAUUCAGACCAUGUCACAACAAAGCAGGGAUUCAGACUAUUCGGACCUGCCCCCUCAGAUGAUGAGCAACGGUCCCAGAGACCACUUGGCCGAGGACAGGGAGGAAGAGGAUAAUGGCUAUGACUUCCCAAAGCCCAGACUGCCGUUGCCACCUGCCCGACGGACCCUUUCAGAGAUGGGGGGGUCUUUGUCUUCUUCUUCAUCCUCUUCUUCAUCAAGCUCCACAGCUGCUUUCAACCGCCUUUCUCUAGAUUCAGAUGCUGGAGCUGCAGCAUCCUUUUUAGAGCCGAUAGAAGCACCAGAGAGACCUCCAAAGCCUCUGCCCAGAAGGAUGAACUCGGAGCGCCGGCACAGCCCUGUCCCACCUGUCCCUGUUCCACCCAGUAGUGGGUCAACAGGAGGAGAAGCCAACCCUCAGAUCAGUAGUGAGAUUGAGCACCUCAUGAGUCAGGGAUACUCUUAUCAAGACAUCCAGAAAGCACUGAUGAUUGCACAGAACAAUAUAGAAAUGGCCAAGAAUAUCCUCCGCGAGUUUGUCUCCGUGUCCUCGACCGCGCAUAUUCUCACAUAGCACAUAGUCAUGCCUCUGUCUGCUCUCUUGCCCUAGCUUGGCCCAGCCUGGUUUUGGUUUAGGUUGGCACAGACCAACCCAAAGCCUGCUGCCUGCAGCCUGCAGCAGUACCUCCAGUGCUGGCUGACACCCUUCGCCCCUGUGGAUUUUUAACUGGCUGUUUACUCCAGCGAGCUCACAGUAUCUCUGGGACUCUGCGCCCUGCACUCCAUGCGCUUUCAACAGGGUCUCGCCUUUUUUCUUUUUUUUUUUGUAAAAACUGCUGCAGCAGGCCGCUUCUGUUAAAAGAGCAUCUCCUCGGGACUGACUGACCGCAUGUGUAGCGGUGACGGGACGCCACAGAACAUAAGACUUUCAUAGGAAUCCUGGGAAGGCAGAAUUUUUUUAUCUUUCAUGAUGAAGCCUCUUGCUGAAAAUGUAACCAACACCUCACAGAUAAAACUAAAAAUGUGUGUCUAUAUGAAAAUUUAAUAUAUGAGUAAAUAUAUAUUAAAUGUGUGUAAUAUAUUCAGUACGUGCAUAUAUGAUGUGUGAAAAUGGCUUCAGCUUUGAGGGUAACUGUUGGGUAAACAGGAUUCAGAUUAAAGGGAGUUUUGCCUCUUUGACUGAAGAAGGAAGCGUGAGGAAGAGUAGGGAUGUCGUCAUCACCAGGUCAGCAGCAGCUUGAAAAACUUUCAGCAGAGCGUUUUCAUUAUAAAAUUCAGUCUGAUUUGGUCUUUGUUUAACAACGUUGCUUCGGUACUCUUUUUUUUUUUUUUUUUUUUAGAAAAACUGGCAUUUUUGUCGUGUUGUAUUUUUCAGCAAAGCAUGACGAUGGUUUCAGGUCAGACUUUUAGCUGGCAGUUUGUGUGUGUUACGUUACGUGUACAUGGGCUUGCUUGUGUGUGUGUGUGUGUGCCAGAACUUCUCCUCAUGGCCUGCUCUCACAUGACCCCCACCUCACUCCCACUCCUGUACAACAUGAAUGUGGAUUUCUAGUCGGUGUCCUCAGACUUUCGCUCUGUAAUCGUACUACUGCUCUACGUGACAUGGCAGGGUCUGGUGUAGCUGUGGAGCCUGGCAGUGAGAUUAAUAGAGGACACGCUAAUGUUGAAGACCCUGCAGUACCAGACAGGUUUGUGCUGUGCAAUCUCUGGCGGCUGAAACUUUUUUUUUUUUUUUCUGUGUUUGUCAAAUUUUACUGACUGGUUAGGGUUUCUGUCCACAGCUCAGUCCAACAUUAUGAAAAGAAAAAAAAAAGGAAAAAAAAGUCAUUGAUUUACUAUGAUAAUAUAUUAUUGUAAUAUGUCAUAAAUAUUGUUAUUAAUUCAGAAGUGCUUCACUGCUGCUACUAUUGUUAGUGCUAAACAAAUAAGCCUUAAGUGUACAUUUGUGAAUGUUUAGUUGUCAUCCUGUUUCUUUAAAGUGACAGUAUCAUUUGUCUUUCCAGUCCAUAAUGUAGCAUACUUGAAAGUAAAUACAGCUUGUGAGCCCUCAACCCUCCCAGGCUGUUGAUUCAUCAGUGUUUUAACUUUUUAUAUAUAUAUAAAUAAAUAUAUACUUAUAUUCUCUUUAGGUAGAUGACAAAGCAAAAUGUUUUGGGUCUGGAAACCAGCCAUUUUGUAACAGAUUGAGGUUUCUCUCUCGCAUCAUUUCCCGUCCUUUAAAAGGGAGUGACUGCUGAGGCUUUUUUUUUUUUUUUUUUAAAAAGUAGGCUCGUGGGUUUACUGGCCCCACCCUAAGUCUGCAUUAAAAAUCAGUGUUUGGGCCAACUGUAAGAACUAACUCAGGAAUCAUGUUUGUCUAACCAAGUGGCGUUCAACUUAUCUGACAAUAAUCAGAGGAGGAGACUGGUUGACGCUGACUGCAGCUCUCCUGUCAGCUGUCCAGUCAGCUAAGUGACCUGUAGCCAAAAAAAUAAAAAGUAUCCGCUCAAUGAAGUCACACAAGAAACCUGCUACUUUUUAUUUGUCAUAUUAAAAAUUGCACAUUUCUGUUUUUUGAGAAUUUUCAGGGUUGGCAGGAGUAACAACAGCAGCUUCAUUUCCAGGUACUACCGGUUAAAAAAAAAAUCAUGCAAGCAGCUUUUAGGUACAUUAACUUGAACCUCUCCCAGUAUAUGAAGAAUGUUUUCUUUCUUUUUAUUCUUUUUGCUUGGGAGAGUGUCAAUCAUGUUAAAAGUUUAAUCAGUCCCAGUUUAUUCUGGGUGAUGCUGUGUUGACUGGAAGCCAUCUAUGUGCUGUCAGGGCAUCUUCUAAUGCUUUUUCUUUUCUUUUUCCUGUUCUUAGUUGCCUUGACAAACUUCUUGAAUGAUGGGUGAUAAUGGACGAGGAGGUCCAUGCACCUCAAUACUGUACCAAUGUUUUGUUAAUGUUUUAACGACAGCAUGUCAUUGUCAUAUUAUUUACCUUUUAUGUUUGUUUUUGCACAGUAUACCAAUUUGUGCUUUGAUACUGUCACUCUAAAGAAAAGCAAAAGUUUGUGUAAAGUUGAAACAAAAAAAGUUUUAUUUCAUUUUGCAUUCCUGUAUAUGUAUUUUGUUCCAAAGGUCUUGUUUUCUUAUUAAUUCCAUGAACUGUGCCAUAUGUUUAAAAAUCUACACCUUGUUUUUAGAUAAGGCCUAGUUUUUGGAGAGUUUUUAGGUAUUGAUCGGAACCUGUUGAUCUUUGAAGGCAAGAUUGUGCAGUAAUGCUUCCAUUGAUCUGUGAUCUGCCUCUUCAGCCGCUUCAGGCUUCAUCUGUCAGUGAAGUGGUUCUGUAAAAGGCUUCAGCCCGCCUUUCCCAGAUAAGGACUCAGCCUCCAAUGUCCCCUUUUUACCCCCAGCCUCGUUGUGGGGGUUAGCUCAGUUUUCUGCCAGAAGAGGGAGCUGAUGUUCCAUGAUUCUGCAUUGCUUCUCAUCAGUUUAAAAAAAAAAAAAAAAAAAAAAAAGGCAUUCAUUAGGUUUUUAUUUUUUUCCCCCCGGAUUGCUCAUAUCAGUUUGGAAGUAUGCACAUUGCUGUUUAAUAAAACGUUAA